UAAAUGAAUAAAUAAAUGUAUUAUGUCUCUGCUCGGCCUGUACAGGCCAAGUGUUUACUGCGCAUGCGUUCUAACCCGAGUAACGAGGUAAUGACGUCAUGUCUCCUCCUCCUCCUACCCUCCUUGUUGCCAGACACACUGACAUCAUUUCCGCUCAUUGAGUCCCUGCGGCCUCCGGCCACCAGGAGGCGCUGCUGCUCCUCCUCAGCAGGAAGAGGAGCAGCAGCGUGCUGGACCAGUUCUCCGGUGGUCUGCUGGUCUACAGGGAACCAGUCCGACAGGAUGUCUGCAGAAGCCGAGUCCAAGCUCCAGCUGGUCCGGAGACACAUCCGGGCCUUCCCGGACUUCCCCAGGACAGGGAUCCUGUUCAGAGACAUCUGUCCCCUCCUGAAGGAUCCGGCGGCUCUGAGCGCCGCCAUCGACCUGCUGGAGGACCACGUGAAGAAGAACCACCAGCAGAUAGACCUCAUCGUAGGUCUGGAUGCUCGGGGUUUCCUCUUCGGUCCUCUUCUGUCUCAGCGUCUCUCUGUCGGCUUCGUCCUCGUCAGGAAGAAAGGAAAACUACCAGGAGAAACCGUCUCAGUGGAGUACACACUGGAGUACAGCACGGCUGAAGCAGAGGUCCAGCAGGACGCCGUGUCUCCAGGUCAGAAGGUUCUCAUCAUCGAUGACCUGCUGGCCACUGGAGGGACUCUGUGUGCAGCCUGUGAGCUGAUGGAGAAGCAGCAGGCUCAGAUUCUGGGAUGUCUGGUGGUGGUGGAGCUCAAAGACCUGGGAGGAGCCGACAGACUGAAACCUCACAGCGUCUUCUCUCUGGUCCAGUACUGAGGGUCUCUGGUCCAGGACUGGGGGUCUCUGGUCCAGUACUCGGGGUCUCUGGUCCAGUACUGAGGGUCUCUGGUCCAGCACUGAGGGUCUCUGGUCCAGUACUGGGGGUCUCUAGGACUCUGGUCUCUGGUUCUCCAGCCUGGACGUAUUCACGGUUUCUGUCAUUCUUCUGACAGGAGAAACGGUUUAAGAGUCUUAAUGUUUGGGUUUCUGUUCCUGUCUCCUGGUGCAUGCUGGGAUACCUGCCCAGGUGAAUCAGUCAUAUUAAUAAUAGAGGAUGAUGGAUCAGUAGUUGGAUCAGUCUACCUGUGAUUUUUGUUUCCAUACUGUAUCACUUCUGCUUUGUUUUAACCACAAACAUUAUUUAUGAGACUUCUAUAAAGAAAUGAUUGC